GCUGAACAACAAGUGCGGUUGUGCGUGCACCUUCAGUGCACUCUUCGGAGUGCAAGAGAGAAAAAGGUUGCCCCAUCAGCUACGCUAUCGCUAUUCACUAUUAUCGAUAAGGCAGUUUUUCGGUAAAGCAGUGAGUGGUUGCAAGCUAAGCUAAAACUUAAAAUUAAACAACAAAUACACCUAACUUUAAUCAAAUCAAACAAUAAAUACACCUUAAAAAGUCAUGGGCUCUUCUGCUCCGCCUACUAAACGCACCCGCAACAAUGCUGGAACUAAAAGCGAACGCAUCUCGGAUGUGAAUUCGCCACAGCUUCUGGAGCUCCUAAAGACUCGCUCGAGGAACAAACCGAGAAAAUUGAGUCGGUCGUUCGGGAAGCUGAACAGCGAAUGCUCAGCCGCCUUAUUGAUCGCUUGGACAUAAUCGCCGGGAAAGUAAAGGAAAUAAAUGCUCGUGUCCUGACGUUGGAGCGCGAGGUUGCCGAUCUUCACUCCAUGAGGGACCGAAUGGGUGAGCAGGGUGAGACGCUGAACCGGGAGGUGGAAAAUCUACAAGCCGCAGGUGAGAGGUUGGGUGCACUGGAGGCCAGGCUGGCAACGCAAUUCAGGGAGACUAGCUCAUGUAAUCUGAGGGUUCAUGGAGUUCCCUAUGUCGAUGGUAAAGAUCUCAGAGCGCUCUAUCACAAUCUAUGCUUUAAUCUCCAGCUGACUCCACCACCAGAAGUCUGCGAUAUCUUCCGAGCAAGGAAAUCACAAAAAACACAUGUGGAUCCAGUAACAAUAAUUAAAAUGCUAAACCCACGCGAAUGUACAGGCGCGAGCAUAUAUAUAUAUAUAUACUCGUAUAUUGCAUAUAUAGACCGAAUCGGACAAUUGACUACGGGUCAUUACUUAAUGUUGUUUCAGACAUUUCGUUGGAGUACACCAACAUCCUAUUGGCAGGCGAUUUUAACAGCAACCUAUUGUCAAAAAGCCAUCUCGUGGAUAACUUUAAAUCCCUAGGUUGGUUUUCCGUAAACGAAACGAAUCCCACGCACUAUAGCAGCCACUGUGAUACAUUACUUGACUUAUUUCUUAUUAUAUCAAUAUGAUGUUUUUGGAAGACGGUGGAAAUGGGCAUUAUAUGUACACUAAAAAUAAUUCAAGACCAAUGACUGCUCAAAGAGGAAAUCAGAAGAGGUCGA